GUAACUGCACUAUAAAUGAUCCCAGCGGUUCCUCUCAGCAGCGAAGCAGCAGGCAUCCUCGACGCGAGUUCACGCGGACUGAGUCGUGGAUAUCAUCAGGUUGCUGCAACUUUGAAAAAACAUAAAAAAAGAGUUGGAGAAGCUCGAGUGAAGCAUAGCGAGACUGGGCUUGGUUUCUCUGAUGCUGGGACUCUGUUAGCUCUAAGUCUUCCGCGUGCCAAGUACUGGUCUCCGGCUGAUCCAAUGCUUCUUCAUCAGUAUAUGAACGGAGCCCUGGACGUCAUGCAUCCCACAGCGCUUCAGAAAGACACUACUUUUACCAAGAUCUUUGUCGGCGGGCUGCCGUACCACACAAACGAUGCCUCACUUAGAAAAUACUUUGAGGCCUUUGGGGACAUUGAUGAGGCUGUGGUGAUAACGGACCGACAGACCGGCAAAUCCCGAGGAUACGGCUUCGUGACUAUGACAGAUCGAGGAGCAGCAGAGAGGGCCUGCAAGGAUCCCAACCCCAUCAUUGAUGGCAGGAAGGCCAACGUCAACCUGGCUUACCUGGGUGCCAAGCCUCGUAGUUUACAGACUGGCAUAUCCAUCGGAGUGCAGCCCAUCCACCCAGCGCUCAUCCAGAGGCAGUAUGGGUUGGCCCAGCCUUACAUCUACCCGCAAGCAUAUGUGCAGCCCAGCCUGGUGCUGCCCACUCAGGUUUCUACUUCUGUCAGCACCAGCCCGUACCUGGACUACAGCGCAGCCUACACCCAGUACGCCCAGGCUGCCUUUGAGCAGCAGUACCCGUACGCCGCCUCCCCGGCUGGCUUCUUGGGCUACAGCUACACCGCCAGCCCCACAGCCACUGUUGGGCCUUCCACCGCCACCACAGCCCCGCCUACCGUACACCCCACUCUCCCUUCUGCCACUGGCACUGGUGCAGCGUUCCUGCAUUACGCCCCACAGCAGCACAUCCAGCCAGACCGUAUGCAAUGAGCAGGUUGAGGAGCAGAGGAAGGGGUGCAGGAGAUGGAGGUGGAGUGGUUGCAAGCCUUUGGACAGAGGAUAUUGAAAAAUGCCCUACGGGGUGAUCCUGCUGUUGCCAGAAGUAGCUUUCAGGAAAAAAGGGUGGGACUAUUGCACUAUAUGAUCAGGAUGAGCUUUUGGCUCAUUGGUUAAAGGGUAAAAGUAGUGGGAGGACUAAGGUUCAGGUUGAGAAGCUGAGCAGUAUAUGUGGCUGCUUCCGAGAGCUUCCAGAAGCUGACACUUCGUCUUUUUUCUUUUUUUUCUUUUUUUUUAUUAUUAUUAUUUUUAUCCUUCUUUAUUAAUGUCCUUGUCCAUGUUUUAUUUCUAUGCUAUUAUUAUCAAUGUUCGCAUGUUUCUCUGCUCAAUCAGUGGAAGUUGUAUAUGUCCAUGGUACAUGUUGAUGUUUUGAGAGCUGUCGGGGACAUGUUAAACCCCUGUUACCUCCAGAUUCCCGUGGAUCUGGGGUGGAUAUGAAGGGCAAUGCUGCUUUAGGACACUGGGGGAACAGUCAGAGAUGAGGGUGUACGGUGGUGAUUGGGGAGCCUAUCCCGGUGCUAUACACAGUAAGGCAGAGCACUGCCCCAUGAACAAACUUCCAGUGUUCAGCACCACACAGGAGGACAACAAGAGAGUUCACCUCAAGAGGUAACAGAAAGUUUCAGUAUAAGACUGUCGGAGCUCCAUUGUCCCAAGAUGAUGUCAGGACUACACACUUAUUUUAUUUGAAGAGGCCUUAAUUUAAAAACAAUAACAACUUCCUUUUUGAAACUUAAGUGCCCCUCCCACACCAGAGAACCAAGUGCAGAGAGUUCCUUGAAACUGACCUAACUGUUUCCAGCAGUCACAUUUAUCUGACUUGGGUCUUGAUAAUUUCAGAUGGAUGUAGAUAAUCACAAGCAGUAUGUGGCCGUACGGGGACCAGGAGCUUUGUAUAUCGAUGUUUAAAGGUAGCUGACACUGAGCUCAAACACCAGUGUUGUUUCUUCUUUUGUCACUGAGAUUGUCAAACUGUUGCUCUCAAAAAGGACAUUCAUGUACAGCAUUUUAAUGUUGUCUGUCAUUAAGUACAUUUACAAUAUUUAUAUGUAGGUAUUUAUAAGAGGUACUAAGUUAAAAUAGCUUUUUUUUUUUGUUUCGUUAUGACUACAGUUAUGGCACUGAAGUCAUUUAACUUGCAGAGACACAGCUGCACCCCGUCAGUGGAUUUGACAGCUGGCUCAUUGAUGCCCAUUCAUAUUUUCUGGAAAUGUUCUAGAUUUUUUAUUUUUAUUUUUUAUUUUUUCUCCAAUAAGAAUGUCUUUUACAGUUCCUUCAAAGAAGCCAUACCAAAAAAUAAAAUAAUUUGUACUUAAA